GGUCUCAUGUUCUGUCUGAGGUCCUUAUCGUCUAUUCGUACAUCCCAACAUCAAUUUCAAAAGGUGGUGUGCUUCAGUAUGUGGGAGUCAGCUCAUUUGGAAAUGGGUUCUGAAAAACCUGCUAAAGAAGAUGACACUAAACUUCAGCUUUACAAUAUGCGAUUCUGUCCAUUUGCAGAGAGAACAGUACUCGUUCUGCUUGCAAAGAAUCUUACUUUCGAGAAUAUAAACAUAAAUUUGAAGAAAAAACCGGAUUGGUUUCUUGACUCGACUCUAGGGAAAGUACCAGUUAUCCUACACAAGGGAAAAAUAAUACCAGAGUCAUUGAUAACCUGCGAUUAUUUAGAUGAGAUUUAUCCCGAACCAAAGCUCCAUCCUUCUGAUCCUCUACAAAAAGCACUAGACAAGGUUGUUGUUGAAAAGCAGAGUGAAGUGAUGAAAUAUCUCUAUCCUAUCUUUGCAAGGAUUCCUGGUCGUGUUGUUACUGUUGAAGAGAAGUCAGAGUUAUUUGGCAAAGCUGUGGAUCAUUUGAAAAGUUUUGAAGAAGAGCUCAAAACAAGAGCAACAAAUUUUCUGGGUGGAGAUCAGCCUUGCAUGGCUGAUUACAUGCUUUGGCCUACUUUUGAGCGCAUUGAGGGCUUUCCAAUUCUUAUGGGAGAAAUGGGGCAUAACUUUGUUCUUCCCUCCCAUCUCAAGCAUGUUCAUUUAUGGAUUAAGGCAAUGAGAAGUACAGAACCUGUUAAAGCCUACGCAUUCUCCCCAGCCCGCAUGGCAAAAUUGACACAGAUAUAUGUAGAAACAGAUGGUUACGAUAAUGCUUUAAAAGAAUCAGUGUUGUGCUACAAUAUGUGGGAAUCAACUCAUCUAGAAAUGGGAUCUGAAAAACCGGCUAAAGAAGAUGAAAGUAAACUCCAGCUUUACAAUAUGCGAUUCUGUCCGUUUGCAGAGAGAACAGUACUUGUUAUCCUUGCAAAGAAUCUUACCUUUGAAAACAUAAACAUAAAUUUGAAGAAAAAACCAGAUUGGUUUCUUGACUCGACUCUAGGGAAAGUACCAGUUAUCCUACACAAGGGAAAAAUAAUACCAGAAUCAUUGAUAACGUGUGAUUAUUUAGAUGAGAUCUAUCCUGAACCAAAGCUUCAUCCCUCUGACCCCCUACAAAAAGCAUUGGACAGGGUUGUUGUCGAAAAACAGAGCACAAUGAUGAAAUAUAUCUAUCCUAUCUGUUUUAAGAUCCCUGGUCGUGUGGUAACUGAUGAAGAAAAGUCUGAGAAUUUUAGCAAUCUUGUGAUCCAUUUGAAAAGUUUUGAAGAAGAGCUCAAAACAAGAGCAACAAAUUUUCUGGGUGGAGAUCAGCCUUGCAUGGCUGAUUACAUGCUUUGGCCUUAUUUUGAGCGGAUUGAGGCCAUUCCAAUUCUUAUGGGAGAGAAGGGGCAGAACUUUGUUCUUCCCUCCAAUCUCGAACAUGUUCAUUCAUGGAUCAAGGCAAUGAGAACUACAGAACCUGUAAAAGCUUAUGGAUUCUCUCCAGCCCGAAUGGCUAAACUGACACAGAUAAACAAUGAAACUGGUGGUUACGAUAAUGCUUUAAAAGAAUCAGCAGGACUUUAGGAAUCUUCUAUCAGAUUAUCUGUAUUGUGUAUUUUUAUUUUAUAAGUAGAUGUGGACUGAUUCGUGUGUAUCUGGAUUCGGGAUCUCCUUGUGUAAAAAUACACUAUUUGCAAAAUUCAAGAGAAUAAGAUGCUAAUCAUGAAUGAAUUUUAAAUGUUGAUAAAUCUUAUGGAUCAUUAUAUAUUAUCAAUCUCAAUAACAUGUGAA